CCACGCCCAAACGCGACUCACUAUUUACCUCUCAACAAGCGGUUUGCCGAGCUGUUUUUCUCCCUGAAAACCGCUUUUCCCUCCAUAAUAUAUGCUUCUUUAGCUUCGCGAGAAAGUCAUAUCAUUCCUCAUCUCUCUCUAAAACCCACAACUCAAUUUCGAUCUUCUUCUCUACUGGUUCAUUUUUGUAGUAACAAAUCAUAGCUAUCAUCUCAUGUUUCUCUCUCUACCUAUAUAUAUAUAUACGUAUACGUUUCUCUCUCUAUAUUCGUCUCUUCCAAGUCCAUCUCUCUCGACUGUUAAGGCUAGCAUGGAGUAACUCUCUCUAUAAUACUUUGCGAGUGCAAGACUGGAUUAUGUUAUAUAGCUUUAUCGAUCUUCAUCUAGAUAUUUUGAAUUACUUUCUCUCUAAACUGAAUUGCUUAUUAUCUAUAUAGUUCUGUGUUUGUAUGUACUGAUUAUGCUUGUAAUGAGAUGAAAGUAUUGUUAUGAAAGUAUUUUUUCUCGAUGGCGUAUCCGAACCAUCUAUCACAAGAAAUGGCGCUACAUCAUUUCUCAGACCAGCACUUGGGAGAGAACACUUCGGUUUUGCGAACUAUAUUGCCGGAACAGCUAGGUCAAUCUUCGCCGGACGGUUCAGGAAAGGAGCAUAAGGACUUACAGAGAUUUAUAAUGGAGUCCGCCGGGAAGACGGCGGAGCACCACCACCAACCACCGCCGCAAGUCGGCGUUGGACCGACGUGGCUCAAUAGCGCGAUUCUGAGGCAGCAGAACCAGUACGGGGAAGCGAAUUUCCUCAAUCUACACACGAACUCCGAUUCGGCUGCGUCGAAUCAGUGGCUCUCGAGAUCGAUUCUUCAGCGGAACGUUAGCGAUGUUAGGGACGACAACGAUUCGAUGAUCGCCGCGGCGAUAUCGCACGAAUCGGCUGAUUUGAACAACAAUCAGAAUGAUAAUAGGAAUAUUGGGAGCAAUCAGGUGGAGAACAACGGCGGAGGAGGAGGUGGUGGUGGUGGAGAGUUGACGGAGAGCGAUGUCGGCGGCAGCGAUGGAGUUAUGAAUUGGCAGAAUGCAAAGCACAAAUCUGAAAUUCUCUCUCAUCCGCUUUACGAGCAGUUGUUAUCGGCUCAUGUCGCGUGCUUGCGAAUCGCGACGCCGGUCGAUCAGUUGCCGAGGAUCGACGCUCAGCUCGCUCAGUCGCAGCACGUGGUGGCCAAAUAUUCGGCUCUCGGUCAUGGUAAUAUUGGUGAUGAUAAGGAGCUUGAUCAGUUCAUGACACAUUAUGUGCUAUUGCUCUGUUCUUUUAAAGAACAGCUGCAACAACAUGUUCGUGUACAUGCAAUGGAAGCAGUAAUGGCUUGCUGGGAGAUUGAACAGUCCCUACAAAGCUUAACAGGUGUUUCUCCUGGAGGAGGCACGGGGGCAACAAUGUCUGAUGAUGAUGAUGACCAAGUAGACAGCGACACCAACAUGUUCGAUGGAAGUUUUGAUGGACCUGACACCAUGGGAUUUGGUCCUCUUAUCCCAACAGAGAGCGAGAGAUCCUUGAUGGAACGUGUAAGGCAAGAGCUAAAGCAUGAAUUGAAACAGGGUUAUAAGGAAAAACUUGUGGACAUUAGGGAGGAAAUUUUACGAAAGAGAAGGGCUGGAAAACUACCUGGUGAUACCACCUCUGUCUUAAAGGCUUGGUGGCAAUCACAUUCUAAGUGGCCAUACCCAACGGAGGAAGACAAAGCAAGAUUGGUACAGGAAACGGGUUUGCAAUUGAAGCAGAUAAAUAAUUGGUUUAUUAAUCAGAGGAAGAGGAACUGGCACAGCAAUCCUUCCACUUCCACAGUCCUGAAGAGCAAACGCAAAAGGGGACAGUAGCGGUGACCGUUUCUUGUGAGCAAAAAGGACAAAUCUGAAAGACAAUCCACAAAUAAUCUUCCUUGGUGCUUUCACUACAGUGAUAAUCCAGCAUCGGUACAUAUAUCUAUACAGGGUUCAUUCAAGAGAAGAGAACUAAUAUCAUGGAUAUGGGUAAUGACAAAGAUACGACUUGUGUGACACGUCACAGCUCUGAGCAGAGGACUUUGCAGAUGUUAUACUGAACAAGAUGCUGCGAUAUCUCAUUAGGAAGUUUAAUUUUAAGAAUAUAUGACAACAAAUUUGAGUUGGAUAGUGCCGUAUGUUGGUGGUCAUUAUUUUUGUUCACACUUUACAUAUAAAUAUGGCGGGGGUGUGGGUGUACAGGGUAAUAAUCUCUUUGAUAGUUGGUUACAGUUAUUUUGGUUAUUAUAAAUCUUUUGGCAGUGUUGUAGUCUAGUAAUUUAGUAUUCAACUUGUUGCAUAUGCUUUCACUCUUUGUGAAGUUUUUGCAAGAAAAUGGAUACGUGUUUCUCUACAA